AUAUAUAGUGAUUGAAUUGGCCUUUUAGAGCAGGAUAUAUAUUGUAUGCCGAUGGAGAGUCCUCUACCAGUCGGAGUACUUAGAAAAGGUGCUUGGACUGCUAUUGAAGACCGCUUUCUCAGAAGCUGCAUUCAAAGACAUGGAGAAGGCCAAUGGCACAAAGUCCCUUCAAGGGCUGGGUUGAAUAGAUGCAGCAAAAGUUGUAGAUUAAGGUGGUUAAACUAUCUUAAACCAGACAUUAAAAGAGGAGAAUUCACAUUAGAUGAGAUUGACCUAAUGUUCAGGCUUCACAACCUACUGGGAAACAGAUGGUCACUAAUAGCUGGUAGACUACCGGGAAGAACAGCAAAUGAUGUAAAGAAUUUCUGGAACACCCAUAUGCGCAAGAAGCUGAAGCCUAGUAAUCCUUAUUGCGAGGAAGACGAUGAGAAAGGCAAAACAGUAAAAAUAAUAAAGCCUCGACCCUGUAAAAUCUCAAAAAUUAUAUCUUUAUUUACUGCAAACGCAAAAGAUAAAGAUCACCAUCAAAAUGACGAUGGUAGUAAUAGUAUUGACUAUGGCAAGGCUUCUGUGCCUGUUGCAUUUCCACCAUUAGAUAGUAAAGAUGACAUAAAUAAUCAACCUAACACCACAAACCCUCUUGCAGGAGAAGGUGCCCCCACAUUCUUUGAAGGGGAGAGCAGUUGUAACUAAUGAAAAUGAUUGGUGGAGUGACUUU